ACCCGCCCAUUCCAGGAAGCAGCGCGCGAAGUGACGCGCAGUGACGAACUUAAACUUUGAAUUGCCAGUUACUUUUAUAACAGAGCUAAACAAUAUUCAGAGGGGCGCAAUUUAUGAAACAAAAAUGUCAAGGUUUCUUCGAGCGGUUAAGAGUAACAUUCUGGACAAAGACAAGUCGGAAUUAUCAGAGAAAGACUUGAAAACAUGGGGACUUAAAGGAAUUCAUCUGCGCCCUUACCAACUGCAUGGAGUGCAAUGGCUCUGUGAGUGCCUGAAGCAUCUGGAAGGAUGCAUCCUCGGUGAUGAGAUGGGCUUAGGCAAGACCUGUCAGACCAUCUCCUUGCUGGUGUAUGCUCGAGGCUGUCUUGGCAUGAAGGGUCCAUUUCUGGUGCUUUGUCCUCUGUCGGUUCUGGAGAACUGGAGACAGGAGCUGGAGCGCAUCUGCCCCAGUCUGUCUGUGGUCUGUUACACUGGAGAUAAAGAAAGGAGGGCGGAGCUACAGAGAGAAAUGAUGGGGGACAAAGAUUUCCAUGUCUUGCUAACUACUUAUGAGAUGUGCCUAAAAGAUGCAAGCGACUUAAGAAGGUGGAAAUGGGAAAUUUUGGUUGUGGAUGAGGCUCACAGGCUGAAGAACCAGAAAUCACUGCUCCAUCAAACCCUUUCAGAAUUCUCUGUGGGCUUCAGAGUUUUGUUAACAGGAACUCCAAUCCAAAACAAUCUGCAGGAAGUCUACUCCCUUCUCAGCUUCAUUCAGCCCAGCCUGUUCCCAUGUGAUGCUACAGAAGAAUUUGUUAGUGCUUAUUCAGAUGUGCAGACUGAGCACACUCUAGCUGAAGAGCUCCACCAGGUGCUGCAGCCCUUCCUGCUGCGCAGGGUCAAGUCUGAGGUGGCGGCAGAGCUGCCCAAGAAGACAGAACUGGUGGUUUAUCAUGGAAUGUCCACCCUGCAGAAGAAGUACUACAAAGCUAUUCUGAUGAAAGACCUGGAUGCUUUUGGGAGUGAUCAGGGCAGUAAGACCAGGCUUCUGAAUAUUCUGGUGCAGCUGAGGAAGUGUGUGAACCACCCAUACCUGUUUGAUGGUGUGGAGCCAGAACCGUUUGAGAUGGGGGAACACUUGGUGGAGGCCAGUGGAAAGCUUUCUCUGCUGGACACCAUGCUUGCAUAUCUGCUAGAGGGGGGUCACCGUGUUCUGCUGUUCUCUCAAAUGACCAGAAUGUUGGAUAUUCUUCAAGACUACCUGGAGUAUAGAGGUUACAGCUAUGAGCGUCUGGACGGUUCAGUGCGAGGAGAGGAACGCAAUCUGGCCAUUAAGAACUUCAGCACCAAAGACGUUUUCAUCUUCCUCCUCAGCACCCGAGCUGGUGGCGUUGGUAUGAACCUGACAGCAGCCGAUACUGUAAUCUUUGUGGACAGUGAUUUCAAUCCUCAAAAUGACUUGCAAGCAGCAGCUCGAGCACACAGGAUUGGACAGACAAGGGCUGUGAAAGUGAUCCGGCUCCUGGGUAGGGACACGGUGGAGGAGAUCAUUUACUCACGCGCCGUAUCGAAACUGCGUCUCACCAGCGCAGUGAUCGAAGAGGGCCGCUUCUCUCUGCUGGAGCAGCCUCAGGCCGCUGCUUCUGCCCUGCAGCUGAGCGAGAUUCUAAAGUUUGGAGUGGAUAAUCUACUGUCGACAGAGGAGAGUUCAAUUCAGGAUGUGGACCUUAAACUGAUUCUGGGCCCGUCUCGGAAAGGGCACUGGUUGAUGGAUGAAGAACUUGUGAGGCCAAAUAAGGAAGAUGAAGAUGAGGAUGAAGAUGAGGGACAGCACCACAUGUACUACUUUGAAGGGAGGGACUACUCCAAAGACCCCAGCACAGAGGACCAGAAAACAUUUGAGCUUCUGCUGGAGGAACAGUUAGCCCAACUAGAGGAUAUCGGCAAAGAGGGCCGUACACUGCGCCACAAAACCGGAAUUGUUUUGUCUGGGCCCCUGGCUACCCCAGCAAAAAGAAAGAGGCCUCUGACGGAGUCUGAGCUGGAGCAGAGGCGUCAGAAGAGACAGGAAGCUGCUGCUAAGAGAGCCAAGCUACAGGAAGAGAAGAGGAGGCAACGGGAAGAACAAAAAUACAAGAAGAAGACGGCAUGGUGGGCCUCAUGCGGGUAUAAAUCCUUGUGCUUGCCCUCUGCUGAUAGCGAGGGUGAGGAUGUGGAUGAAGACGAAGGUGAUGACAGCAGUGUGAACUCUACAGACUCAGAGCACACAGCCAUUCGAUACAUACUGGGCGAUGUUACCCAUCCUCAGGCUGACCGGGAAGAUGCCAUUAUUGUUCAUUGUGUUGAUGACGCUGGACGGUGGGGCCGAGGUGGGCUUUUUACAGCUUUGGAGGUCCGAUCAGAUGAGGCGAAGAAACAAUAUGAAUUGGCAGGGGACAUGGAAGACUUGGAUCUUGGGAAUGUGCUGCUAUUUCCCAUUGAUGACAAGCAGUCAAGACUGAGUGGACGUGACCAUCUGGCACUCAUCGUUGCCCAGCAGAGAGAUAAAGCCAACAACCCGUCAGGCAUCCGCCUCACUGCCUUAGAGGAGGGCCUUAAGAAGAUAUACAGGGCUGCCAAGCAAAAGAAAGCUAGUGUCCAUCUUCCGCGAAUUGGCCACUCCACCAAAGGCUUUAACUGGUAUGGAACUGAGAGAUUGAUCCGCAAACACCUGGCCUCCCGAGGCGUUCCCACCUUCAUAUACUACUACAAGCGAACAACCUCACAUUCUACCAUAAAGGCCUCUUCCACAAGCACUGCAGGUUCAUCUACUUCAUGCUCGGCAUCAGCCCGUCCAGCAUCAACUUCUCCACGUUCCUCCUGCUCCCUAAGUCCUACUGGUUCUGGAGAUGAGUGCCGAGAGGGCCCUAGUACUUCAGCCCAGGGUGAAGAAGCUUUUGGCCUGGCUGAUUUCAUGAGAGGUGUCCAUAUUUUCUUUUACAAUAUGGGUGCCACAGAAAAAAAGAAACUCACGCGCUACCUCGUCACGUAUGAUGGUGAUGAAGAGGACAUUAUGAACUCACAGGUUACUCACGUUGUAGCAGAAGUGGACAGUCCAGUUCAUAUACAGGAAUUACAGGACUUGAUGAAGCAAUAUCCUAAGGCGCUUCUUGUUAAGAAGAAAUGGCUGGAGUCUUGCUUUGCCAACCAAAGAAAAGUCAAUGCUUCAAAAUAUAUCCAUCGUUUGAAAUGAUGUAGUCUUGUUCAAAUUUCUCCAAUAUCUCCUUUAAGAAAAUCUGUGGUUUGCCACUGCAUUAAUUAUCUUUGUAAGACUUGUGCAAAUAAAAUCAGAUACUUAUUGGAAUGAUAAA